CAUCGGGCAUCGGGCAUCGGGAGACGGUGGGAAGUGGCGGAGACGGAGCGAGAGAGAGAGAGACGGCGAUCGUGCGGAGAGCGUAGUCGUAGCGAGCGUAGUUGUGUAUAGGUCGUCGGAGCGCGAGGUGAGUGCCUGUUGCGGACACCGUGGAAAAUUCAUUAGUGACACUGUGUCGGUGGUUGUGCUAGUCAGUUCCGGUCCCCUUGGUGCCCUCCGAAGAUGGCAUUGAACCAGGACGAGGACAAGCCAGUGCUGCGCGUGGACCAGGACUCCGAAACGGACCUACAGGCACUGUUCGACAGCGUACUGAAACCGAACUCGAAACGUCCGCUCCAGGUCCCAUGGAGUAUGCGGAACAUGCCCGAUUCGUUCUUCAAUCCACCAUCCACCGGUUCCAAGUCCAUCAAUCACUCGCGCGAGAACUCGGUGGACUCGGCCUUUGGUAGCGGCGCUGCCAAUUCCGCGUCCGUCAACUCGGUACCCCUGCAGACCGCACACCACCGUGCCCACAGUUCCCCAGCCUCCCUUCAACAGACUUACGCUGUCGGACAACAACAGACCCCAACACACCACCACAUCAAGCAGCGGUCCUACGACGUAGCCACCAAGACCGAGGACGAUACCCCUCUGCCGCACGGAUGGGAGCAAGCCAGGACUCCCGAAGGACAGGUGUAUUACUUAAACCACACGACCAGAACGACAACAUGGGAAGACCCAAGGAAAUCACUGGCUGCCCAGGCCGCCGCCGCCCAACAUCAAAGCGCCGAACACCUACUGUCCUCACAAACAUCACACCCAUCGCCGACUUCCACAUCUGCCAAAUUAACGACAGACGUAGAUUUAGGCCCAUUGCCGGAAGGAUGGGAACAGGCCCAAACUCCCGAGGGAGAAAUUUAUUUCAUUAAUCAUCAAACACGUACAACCUCGUGGUUUGACCCCAGAAUUCCCCAACACUUACAACAAAGGUCCCCCAGCAAUUUGGUAGGUUCGACGUGGCACAGCCCUCUGUCGCAAUCGCCGGCGAAGGCGCAGCAAGCGAGAUUACACCAGCUCCAGUUGGAAAGGGAGAAGCUGAGGCAGAGGCAGCAGGAGAUCAGACGACAGGAAUUGAUCAGGAGCAGUAGUCCGAUGGACCCGUACAUAUCAAAUUAUACAGAUCACUCUAGACAAGAGUCUGGGGACAGUGGGUUAGGAAUGGGUAACUUUUCUUUGCCUCACACCCCUGAGGAUUACCUAUCCAACAUAGACGACAAUAUGGAUGUGGCGAGCGAAACACACACAAUGGACACGCCGGAUAUAUCGACUUUAAGUGAUAAUAUUGACUCAACAGACGACUUAGUACCGACUUUGGGAUUGGAUGAGGAGUUUCCGAUUUUAGAAGAGGUACAGUCGUUGAUAAACACACCCACCACGAGGCCUGAUAACGUACUCAUCUGGUUGUAAUGUUCAAGUGCCUAUGCUCAUUUUCGCUCAUAAGGAAAACAGUUUAUUUUUAAUACAAUUUUUUAUUUCUGUUGUAUGAAUUAUUUAUUUAUUCGAAUGUUUAUCGGUAAGCUGUUUUCUGUUGUAUUUGCAAUAUACCACUAGCAUACGCUUUAAAUGGCAAUAAUAUUCAAAAUAUAAUUUAGUUAUCAAAUUGUUGAUUAAAAAAGUUUCAUUUUAGCAUUUGUAAUUGUCACUCAAUAUAUGGGAUCGUUAUUUAACUAUUGGGUAUGUUUUUCAUACGUAUUUUAUAGUUUUUAAACUAAGUUAGUUGUUGUAGUUGAAUAUUCAUAUUUUUUCUAUUGUAAUUGUUUGAUUUAAAAGUACUGAAGACAACUAACACGUUUUUUUAAAAUAUUUAUUUAUUGUUGUGUUCUAGAAUAACAUUAUUUAACGUUUACAUGUACUUUUAUACCGUCAUAUGUAAUAUAUUUCUACAUAUUACCCAAAUUGAACUUUUAUAUUGGCAGUGAGAUUUACACAAUUUCUAUGAUAUACAUACGAUAUACACCGGUAUAUCUAUAAGUUAUAUACAACUUAUAUGUUAGUUCAUACGCAGCAUAUUCAAAAAUCGGCGUUUGCCCCACAAAUAACAGUACAGUUGAUAUGUGAAUAUAGCAAUACGAACAAAUGAACCGAAUUUUGAAUAUUCUGUCCUGCACAAACAUGUGCAAUAACUGACUGUUUUACAUUAGCCAAGAGCUAAAGUAACAACACGUUGCUCAUAAUUUAAACAAAUCCAUCCAUUUUGGUGCCUUUAAUGAUAGUGUAUAUAUUAUCGACAAUCGUUAAUUAUAAUAAUAGAUUUAUAGACUUUAAUAUACAUUAUUUUCACUAACAUUAUAAAAGAAAGUUUUUCAGAACAAUUCACAACAGUUUACGCCCCACAAAACAUUUACUAUAUUUACAGUUUAUUGAGAUUAAUCUAAUUGUAAGUCGAAAUUGUUGUGGAUGGUUCUGGAAUACUGUAUAUAUCAGUGCCUUCAGACACGUUUCACUUUUAGUGUAGAUUAAGUAUUAGCUUUAAUUAACAUUUUCGAAAUGUUUUUUACUCAACGUCUGUCACGUAUUUAAUUUAUCCAUGUUCAAUUUAUUAUACAACCCUCCACAAUUAAUCAUGAGUGUAAAUAUAUGUCGGUUAGGUUUUAUAUUCAUAUUUUUCAACGCUACUUAAUGUUUAAAACAAAAAAUUAAGCAACAGACGAAAUGUACCUUUAACAGGCUUUUUUAAACCAUGUCAAAAUUCACUCAUAUUCUGACAAUACUCUAAAUUAUAUACGAUUUUAUUUUAUAUAAUUUUUAGUAUUAUUUUUUUUAUUGCUAGAACCUGAAUUGAAUUGAAUCUUUCUCAUCUAGGAUUGAUCAAAAGUGCGCUGAAUGUAUAGUCAAAUGUGAAUAUUAAUUUGAAAUUACAAAAUUCUAAUUGUAACUGUACACAUAUCAUAGAUUAAGGUGCAUUUUUAAAUGUGUUCAAAUCAAAUACUCAAGACUAUUGUACUAUUUAUUGCAACGGCUGUACAAAUCAGCGGAAAACUGUAAAUGGUAAUUUUAUGUUGUUUAUUUUGUAGAAAGUGUAAAAUGCAACAUCAUUUUUUGCAGGGACUUUUGAUUAACCUACUAGAAACCUUUAUACAGUUUACAAUAUGAUUAAUUAUGUAUUUGAUUUUGUGAAAUUGUAUUAGACAUAUUGUAAAUAUAUAUUUUAAAAGUGAA